AUUUCUCGCUCGCUCCCUUGGCUUAGGGUUUUCUCGAUCGAUUAAUGGAGUAAUUGGAACAAUGAAAUGGAAUUGGUCCACUUCUCCAUGAAAGUGUUGAUUUCUCAAGCAUGAAGGAUUAUGAUUCUCAGCUUCCCUAUUGCUUAUUUGAUUGUAUCUGUUGGUAUCAUUGGAAUCCAUCUGUUGCUGAUGUGGCAGCAGUGCUUGAUUGAUAUCCUGGUGUCAUUUUCUGAAUGAUUUUUCUACAGCUUUCUUUGUUAAAUCCCAGAAUUCUUUGUCUAUCAUAUUAACAACUCUGGAGCCAUUACAAAAAAUGAACAUCCUCGGAUUGGUCUUUCCAGCUUCUCUUUUCCAGGAGGCUGAUCAUCCUUCACCCUUGGAAAAAAAUGACUCAAGAACUAAGUCUCCUGGUGCUGUCGUAUCUAAGCCCAUGAGGAAGAAAAUAAAAGAAGCUUCAGAAGGUAUUAAAUGUCAAGAGAACCCCCCAGAUCAGGAGCGCAGCAGGAAAUCUUCUGCUUAUCUCAGUGACUGUUCCAGAGAAUUGGCUGAUGUUAGUAACACCAGACCUUUACCUUUAUCACGUGAUGAACCUGCAAAGAGAACUUCCAAAAAGAAGAAAAAGAAGAAGGGAAAGUCGAACAAAGUGCUUCUAGAUGAUAACAUUGCUUCAGAAACUGUUACCUCCAAGAUUUCUCUUAGCAGAGAACUGGUUGGAUGUGACCAUAGUAAAGCAGCAGUUCGUUAUCAGACUGCCAAAGAAGUUAUUGGUAAAUCUAUUCAUGACAAGAUUUAUGCAAAACAAGGUAGUAUAUCUUCAGAAUCGACUCUGUAUGAAUCAAAGCAUUUUCUAAACACUGCUGAUACCGAAGGCUUCCCCAAUAUCAGUAAGUUAAGCUCGGAGAUUGCUGCUUUUCAGGAUCCAGCCUCUGGUAAAAAGAAUAUUGAUGGGACCUGCAAUAGUAAGUCUGGAAGGAAUGAAGAGAAUAACAUUGAACAAUGCGAAUGUUCUUCAAUCAUUACGUCUGUUACAACUUCAAAUCCGAUGAGUGUAUUUUUGGAGGACACAAGGGGAAGCUAUGUAAAAGCAUUGGCUGUAUCCUCAUCCAUUGAUAGUUCUAAUCCAAUAGGAGCUCACAUAGAACCGUGGAAUGAAAACUGCCGAGUUACUGAAACCUGUGAAAAAGGACAACAUGGAUCCAGUUAUGCAACGGAAAGAUCAGAUACCCAUAUUCAAGGAACUUUUGACACUAACUAUUGUAUUACAAUAGCCAACACCAAGGAAUCUUGUUCUAGAUCCGUGGCAGCAGAUUCCAGAACAUGUUAUAAAAAUCUACAUUUAUCGUUGGGUAAAGGUGAAACCGAUAGAUAUGGAGGUUGGAAGGAAGUCAGCAACAAACAUCCAAAAUUCUGUGACCACUUUGCGGUUGUUGCAGUUCAAAAUUCUUGGGGUGUGAAAGGAGAUGAUGGAAAAGACAGCAAAAUGGAAGUCACGUCCGGUAACCAGUAUUCUGGGGUUAAGUGGACCUCUCAAGUUUCAAAUAGUACAUCACGGAUAUCCUUCCCUAUGAAUUACAGGAAUAAAACUGGGAAGGAAAAUGUUAACUUUACCUGGAAAAGGACUGGAAGGUACAUUGGAAGUUCAUCCACUGAUGGUCGAAAUAUUUCUGAUCAAAAUCACCUAUUCAUGGAUUCUGCUCAAUCAGGCACAACUUCUGUAUCAAAGAACAAUUCCUCCAAGGUAGAGAUUUCAUUACUUCCUCCAUGCAUUCCUUAUGAUAGCAAGGAUGCUUUUCAACAAAAAGUGCAGUACUCAGGAGGCAGUCUUCAGAAGAUGUACAAAACCAAAUGUAGCAUGCCUAUCAAGGCAUCUGAGUGGCCUACUCGAGGGAGUUUUCAUGCCAGACAUGGUCAAUAUACAUUAAGGCAAAGAGAUGAUGUCAUGGGAAACAGUUCUUUGGAGUGCUCAAAGACUAAACUGGAUCUUCCUUCUGAACAAGAGUAUGUCAAUCGUGGUGGUGGUAAAGAAUCAGGGGCUGGAAACCCCAAUCAGUGCAAGCCUCGAACCAGUAAAACUUUUUAUCAUGAAAUUAUAACUACUGAUGUAGCAGAAACUACAUCAACUGAGGGUUUAAAGCCUGAACUUUGUUGUGACUCUUCGAUUGAAGAGGAUAAAUCAUCUAUGCGCUCUGGGACUGAGCCCCAUUAUGACGCAGAUGAGUUCACUUCUAGAGCAAGUUUACCUAAGUGGAUUCCUGUCAGUAAAAAGGAAUCAUUGAUGUUGAAAAUGGGUGGCAGUGUUGAUCAUAAUAAUGUACAGCACAAACAGGACUUAGAUACUUCUGGUGGAGCAUCCUGUGUUUCGGACAUCACAAGAGAUGUCAACAUGUCUAAUGGCUUAUCAAAUGUCGUAAAACAAAGAAGCUUAAGGAAGGAUACGAAUUCCAAUUUUUCUGCAUCUGGUUAUAAAUUAAAGAACUUUCCCAUACACAUCUGUUCAUAUAUAGCCAAAUAUGCUCUUAAAGCUUCUUUUGCAACACAAAUAUCUUCUGAAAAUUUUCAGCUGGCAACUGGGACCCCAAUUGCUGAGUUCGAGAGACUGCUCAGUUCUGCUUCUCCAGUUAUUCCCUCCUCAUCAUUUUUGCAGCAUUCAAAUGAUGCAAUUAAACAUGAGCCUGUUUCAGAUUCCUUUAUCAAACUUCUGAAACCUAGCAUUGCGUUGCGUGAUGUCUGGCAAUGGUAUGAAAAACCAGGAAACUAUGGUUUGCAAGUCAAGGCAGAAGACACUAAAGGAUUGCAAGUCAAUGUACUGUUUCAUGCUCAUUUUGUCCCAUUUCUCUCAGCAGUACAGUUAUUUAGUCGUCCCUACCAUUCUGUUGGAAGCUGCUCCGAAAGUACAAGUGGUAGCAUGCCAGAAAGGAGAGAUACUGAUGAGAGCUUGUGUCCUUCAUCAGCAUCAUCUUCACUCUGCCUGCCUGAUGAUUCUCAUGUCAUAUUUGAAUAUUUUGAACAUGAGCCUCCACAACAGCGCAGGACACUCUCUGCAAAAAUAAAGGAGCUCCUAGAGGUUGGUACUUCUAAACCUCAAGCAUUUGGUGACCCAUCCAAGCUGGAAUGCUUGAAUGUACAAGACCUCCACCCUGCAUCUUGGUAUUCGGUAGCAUGGUAUCCUAUAUAUCGAAUUCCUGAAGGUGGUUUUCGUGCAUCAUUCUUGACCUAUCAUUCCUUGGGUCAUUUUCGUCUGAAAGGUACUGGAUCAGAUUCCAUCAAAGAAAAUGCUUUUUGUGUUGUCUGCCCUGUGUUGGGAAUGCAGAGCUACAAUGCACAGGGUGAAUGCUGGUUUUAUCUCAAGAAACCAGCUGAAAAUCUUCUGAAAGGUUACAAGCCAGCUGAUAUCUCUCAGCUGCUCAAAGAAAGGUUAAGAACUUUGAAGGAAACUGCAGCUCUUUUUUCAAGAGGACAUGUCCAAAGAGAUGGCACUACAGCCAUUAACCGGCAUCCAGAUUAUGAAUUCUUUCUUUCUCGUAAGCAGUGAUUGUUAUCGCCCAUGAAAUAUAGUAUGUUGGAGAUAGAGAAAAAAAAAUCGGGAAUUCUAUAGUUUUAGAUGAAAGCAGUAGGUAGAUAAGAUGAAGGUUACCAUACAAAUUCAGUUCCGGAUGAGUUGUGAAGAGGAGUAGAGGUGUAAAUAUAUGUGCAUUUGUAGAUACAUAACUAGCUCAACUGCCCUGUAUGCAUAGCUUUUUGUACACUUGUUGGAAGAAGGAGAAUGAAAUAUGAAUUGCCACCAUGU